CGACGGAGCACAUUCAGUAGACUCGGCCAUUUCUCUCGCGAAGCGCAGCUACUCGCUCAGCCGCGCGACGUUUUUUUUUUUUCGCGACUGCACCGUGCGGGUACUCCCGGAAGUUUUGCAAAAUAACGCGACGCAAAAGGAUGAUACACUCCGGGCGCACCAGGCUCGAGAAAAAAGUAAGUCUCCAACAAUUAGGAGUGGGAGGAGGGAACCAAGGGGUACUGGCGGUCGAGGAAUCGGAAAAGGGAGGCGGUGGUACCGGUGGACAAUGGUGGAAGCAGCAGCAUCCAUCCUAUCAUCACCAUUAUCAUCAUCAUCAUCAUCAACAACACUAUCAUCAUCAGGGCGGUUAUUACACGUCGCAAUCGCACACUCACAACCCUGUCACUACCAUGAAGCAAUCCUACAUGCAGCUAACAUGGGUGUUUCACGAUGACGAGGCGCAGAUUAACAAGAAACUGCCAAAAGAAUUGCUACUCAGAAUUUUUUCGUACCUCGAUGUCGUAUCGCUAUGCCGUUGUGCCCAAGUAAGCAAGGCCUGGAACGUGUUGGCGCUCGAUGGGUCCAAUUGGCAGAGGAUCGAUCUCUUCGAUUUUCAACGAGACGUGGAGGGACCAGUAAUAGAAAAUAUCUCGAGGCGUUGCGGCGGAUUCCUUAGGCAGCUCUCGCUCAAGGGAUGCCAGAGCAUCGGCAACAAUUCGAUGCGUACCCUAGCCCAAUCAUGUCCCAAUAUCGAGGAACUCAAUCUAAGCCAGUGCAAGAGGAUCUCGGAUGCGACAUGCGCCGCCCUGAGCAGUCAUUGCCCCAAGCUCCAGCGGCUGAACCUGGACUCGUGUCCCGAAAUAACGGAUAUGUCCCUGAAGGAUCUCGCGGCCGGCUGUCCGCUGCUCACUCACAUCAAUCUCUCGUGGUGCGAGCUGCUCACUGACAACGGGGUUGACGCGCUCGCCAAGGGCUGCCCAGAGCUUCGCAGCUUCCUCAGCAAGGGCUGUCGUCAGCUCACCGACAAGGCUGUUAUGUGUUUGGCGCGCAACUGUCCUAAUCUCGAGGCGAUCAAUCUGCACGAGUGCAGGAAUAUAACGGACGACGGAGUCAGAGAACUUAGCGAACGGUGUCCACGGCUGCAUUACGUUUGCCUGUCGAAUUGCCCCAAUUUAACGGACGCGACGUUGAUUAGCCUGGCACAACACUGUCCACUCCUCAAUGUACUCGAGUGCGUCGCGUGCACCCAUUUCACAGACACGGGCUUUCAGGCCCUCGCGAGAAAUUGCAAACUACUCGAGAAGAUGGAUCUGGAAGAGUGCCUUUUAAUCACCGACGCCACCCUAACUCACUUAGCGAUGGGUUGUCCGAGAUUGGAGAAACUGAGUUUGUCGCAUUGCGAACUGAUCACCGACGAAGGCCUCCGGCAAAUCGCGCUGUCGCCCUGCGCAGCUGAACACUUAGCCGUCUUGGAGCUGGACAACUGCCCGAACAUUUCGGACAACGGUCUGAAUCAUCUGAUGCAGGCCUGCCACAAUCUUGAACGUAUCGAACUUUACGACUGCCUACACAUUACCAGAGAGGGCAUACGUAAACUCAGAGCCCAUCUACCCAACUUAAAGGUGCACGCGUAUUUCGCACCGCCGACUCCGCCACCCAGCGCGGGAGCCUCGCGACAACGAUAUUGUCGGUGCUGCGUCAUUCUGUGAUUUUGCCUUCAACUCCUAACUCCGAAGUAAAAAAAAAUCGUCCGACAUAUAUCCACGGGGGAUUACACAGUGGACCUUUUAUUGGUGAUCGCCAGCUGCUACGGGCGAUUAAUGGGGACCUCUCUCUCUCUCCCGUGGUUACCGGAGGAGGGUUGUUCUGGUUGCCUAUCACACAUUGAUAAGUGAGAACCGGGGACUUCGGUCUUAUCAAUUGCAAAUCGUUCAAUCGAUUCAAGAACUCCGAGCUGCGCAACGAGUGAAGUUAAAAAACCGUCACCAUCAUCAACACAGCCACUGAUGCUACUACUGCAAUUACCACUAUGACCUCUGCUGCUGCUGCUACUACUAUUUACUAUAUUCUACUACCGCUGUUACUACUAUACUUACAAUCAUUUUUUUAUUUGUACUCCGUUAUCUCGAUGUAGUACGUGCAUCGUUACUCGGUUAUAUAUAUAUAUAUAUAUAUAUAUAUAUAUAUAUAUAUAUAUAUAUAUAUAUAUUAUGUGCGGGAAGUUAGUCUGCAAAGGAAAGAAAUUCUCAGGUUUCCUUUAGCGAUAUCAUCGUUUUUUUCUAUGAUCUUCAUUUUAGCGAAGUUGACGUUUAUCAAACGCGGAAGGAAAAGAAUGACACGCGUACUUUCCGAGCUACUUACGCUUAUACCGAGAAAGAGAGCGUAAUUGUAUUUAAAAGCGUGUAGCUUAUUUUGAUUAGCGUUUGGACGCGUAUUUUUCCUAGCGCUACGCAAGCAAGUUUAUCGAUUUACGUUGCUCGAUAAACACGAGAUACUUAUUUUAAGAUACGCGUAAAUGUCUUAUAAAUAUCUUAAUGAGCACCCGCGCGCGCGUAUAUUAUGGGGGGGAGCGAGGGAGAAAAAAAAAGAAGAAAACGGUAGUUUUAGGGGCAAUCAAGUCGAGCGUAUAAUGUAUGGCAAUUGUAUCCAAGAAAUUGAAUUUCACACAUACAUAUAUACACAUCUCGAUGUGUAACUGUAUAGCAGUUUCUCAACGAACACUGCCUAUAAAUGCUAUUGAUAAAAAAGAAAAAUAUAAAAAAAAUAUGGUAUAACAAUCGCGAAAUCGAAUCUCGUCGUAAUGAUAUUUAGGGUAUUAACUAUCGUUUAUCGUAUAACGUAGACAUAUUACCGAUGAAAUAAAACGUUCGGUGAAAAAUGUUUCUUCUCUAUGUCUGUUUAAAAAAGUAUUAACGGAUCGCGUGUGUACGCGUGAUUAUUGAUGAUGCGACACCUACGAAUUUCUUUCCUUUUGUGAAAAGAAA